AUGGUCACUCUCUCUUCCCGCCUAUGCUCACUUGCUGCGUUGGCAGGCAACCUCUUCCCUCGUAUUGCUGCACAGUCGGGAGGCAUCCAGACCGGCUUGAGUUAUGGAAGUAAUUGGGUGCCUGUAACCAAGGACUCAGAACUUGUGGCGCAGAAUUUCCCAGAUGUCGACAUUGAGCUUCUAUCGCCGGCUUUUCUCAACCCGGAGCGCAGAGAAAGUGGCUUUGCCAAUGGCACUUCUGGUCCGACAAGUCUGACGGUAAUGGAUAACUUCCUCCGAGUCCUUGCCGAUCGGAAUGAAUGGAUGACAUAUGAGUCUGUCGACUUUCUCUCCGAGGAGGGCCGGAACUUUCCUUACAUUUAUCUUUCCUUGCCCAGUCCCAGCAACGAGCCCAAGCUGCGCGUCUACAUGCAGGCAGCCAUUCAUGGGAACGAGCCGUCUGCCGACGAAGCUGGGCUUGCGUUCCUGGGUAAGAUGGAUGCCAACCAGACGUGGGCGCGUUCGGUGCUCGAGAAAAUUGACAUCCGGAUGCUGCCGCGCUACAACGUCGACGGGGUUGCUUACUUUCAACGCCAGCUUGCCAACAACCUGGACCCGAACCGUGAGCAUAUCAAGCUUAUGAAGCAGCAGUCGAGGGAUAUUAAGCGGCGGUUGACAUCGUUUGACCCGCAUAUUGCAAUUGAUCUGCACGAAUACACCGCACCCAGUGUCUUUGGCGGUGUGUACCAGCACGGUUCCGAUGCUCUCCUCUCAGGCGGAAUCAACCCUAACAUCCACCCGGCUAUACGCUCCGAGGUGCUCGACAAGUUCAUCCCAGCCAUGGGCGAGGCGCUCGAGUCGCACGGCCUGCGUUGGGAGCACUACGUGACGGGCACCACCAACACGACGCGUGGCUCGGCCAUCCGGCUCGAACAAGCCGUCACCGAGGCCCGCACCGGCCGCAACGCCGCGGGACUGGGCCAGACCAUCUCGUUCCUCCUCGAGACGCGCGGCAUCCGCCUGGCUGACCAACACUUCCAGCGGCGGGUAGCAACGCAGCUCGUCAAGAUCGAGGCCAUACUCAACAUGGCGCGCGACCGGUCCGAGGAGGUGUACAAGGCUGUCGAGGAUGCGCGGGCAGAGUUUGUUAAUGGCGACGACGACAUCGUCGUGACCGAUUACUUUGUCCCGGAGAAUCGCACUUUUACUUUUAUCGACAGGGACAACGGCAGCGUCGUCAAGGCGCCGGUGCAGUGGCAGCGGACGACGCCGUCUGUUGCGAACCUGACGCGGGCCAGGCCAGAGGCUUAUAUCAUUCCACGAACGUGGUACGAAGUAGCGGAGCGGCUCGAGAUUCUGGGCCUCGAGGUCGAGAGGUUGGGCUACACCUUCAACCAGACGGUCGAAGCGCUCAACGUAACAUCAUCCAGCCUGGCUCGUACCUUGUACGAAGGCCACGUGCUUAACACCGUCACCACUGGGACCUACAAGCGUGACGUGAUACUCCCUGUGGGGAGCUUCAAGGUCAGCACGAGGCAAAAGAACGCUGCAUUGGCCUUUAUCGCGCUGGAGCCGGAGAACAUUGACAGCUACGUGACAUUCAACAUCAUCCCGCUCAAGGUGGGCGAGGAGUAUCCAAUUUUCAGGAUUCCCAGAGCUUGA